AUGACCGACCCGGAUAUCCUUCUUACCUGGACGAACCUGUUUGAGGAAAGUCUAGAUAUCUGGACUGACCGGAAUAUCGAGAUUGUUUCUCAGUGGCUGAGAGAUGCCGAUGCCAUAAGCUCUCUGACCCCGGAGCAGAAGGAGUGGACCAAGUCGGCGACAGCAAGCCCUGCAAAACUGCUUGAACCUAUGGGGAGGACGUUCGCCAAGGCUUGGCUUGGCGAAGGGUCUCGAAUAUACAUGACGACGUUGUUCUGUUUCGGUGUCGUCCAGUCACUGCCGCUGUUGGAGGGGGGCGGCAAAUGGUCCGAUUCCGAAUAUCACUGGCAGGAUGUGUCGUUGGAAACGAGGAUCCAGCAAGCCGCCGACUGGGCGAAUCAGCCUAGGACGGGACAUUGGCUACGGAGAAUCGGCAGUACUCUCUUGAACUUGGGAGAGCACACCAAAGCACUGGAAUACUUCAACAACGCUUUCGAUAAGGAUGGUAACAAGGCGGAAAGCUUUGGCCGAAUGGGAUUGUGUCACGGCCUGAAUGGCAACUACGAAGAGGCCCUGAGACUACAUCGUGAAUGCGAGUCGUUGGAGGAGACGCGCAUGGCUGAGGGUCUUUACAAUACCGACCAGGACGUCAAAGGUGCCAAAUGGAGACUCUACAGAAAUCAGGCUCAGAUUGCGGAGUGCUACAACCGCAUGGGCCGCAUCGACGAAUCGAUCGAGUAUUGUCGCAAGGCAAUGGACGUCUAUGACGCCCCUGGCUUUGAACCCCAAAUCGCCUAUAUCAAGGUCCUUACCGAGAACAACCGUCUUCCAGAGUUGAUGAAGCUCUCUGAUGAAAUGGAUGGCCGGUUUUCGGAUGCGGAUAGAGGAAACUCUCGCUUCGUACAAUUCCUCUUGACCCAGAUCCCUGAUCCAUCAAUCAAGGACUGGUUUCCACAGGCGGCGGCUCGUGCAGAUCCAAGGAGGACGGAUGACUUGGCAGAACGCUACCGUAGUGCCAUCCAGUCCGCGCAAGACGACCAAGAUUCUUGGAAACAAUUCUAUCUGCAGAACGCACUCGGCAACAUCUUUUUGGCGGCGCAGGAUUACACUACUCUUAUCCCCAUUCAUGAAAGGAUCUGCUUUCACGAUUACAAAGCAAAAGGCAGUCUGCCUGUCCGGAUCGAGUACAUUGCUUCAUUCAAGCAGCUUACCAGAGCAUACUUCAUCAAAGCGCUGGAGGCUGACCAGACAUUGGUAUCCGAAGCCAGUGGUCUAUGGAUCAAGAAGCUGGAGAAGCUCAUGCAGCAGCAGGAAAAGUACCAGAACAAGAAUGUCCCGCUCCACAUGGCUGGUUUCGACUUCAAUGAGCCGUCCAUCUCCCUGAUAGUGCUAUACCGUCUGCGCAACAGAGACACAGAAUUACGGCAACUCGUCCACAGUCUCGUCUCUGAAUGUCUCAAACUCUUAGAGGACGAGGAGCCUCAGAAUGACGAGAUCAGCAUCCGCCACCUUCAGCGGUGUCUGCUUGCCGCCGGAGACGAAGACAAUGCCAAAGCGUUAUGGCAGUCGACAAGAACCCCGUUGCUGUCUGCUACUAUCUCCGGUCACUUGAAGGCUGACCGAAGACGAUCGAGCUCGCCCAAGAUCGGCGGGCUGUCACCUAGGAUGUCAUUGUCACCCAACAGACGGAGCAAGCAGAUAUUCCUCACGAAGAUCUUCUCAGAAGGCAACGAUGUAUCUUGCGACCACUGCCUCAAGAGGUUUGAGCCGUCGGAAACGUUUGCAGUGUGUCGGUACUGCAUCGACUUGAAGUUUUGCAUGCCCUGCUUAGACGUCAUCAAAAUUCAGAAGUUUGAGCCAGGUCACACUUCGGUGUGCAGGCCUAGCCACGACUGGCUCAUGGUGCCGCCCUUGACAGUCAACCUUCAGGCUAAUGAGAUUUUGGUUAAGGAUCAGGUGUGCAAACUGGAGGAGUGGAAGUCAAGGCUACGGAAGGAGUGGGUACAGACCAAGCAGGGCAAGGAAACCACCGAGAUGCAAGAGUGUUAUGACGGCAACUUUGUCGUCGGAAAGGCCGUGCCGCCCAAGGGAUUAUUGCUCUGCGCUUAUUGCAGUAUACCCAGUGCCAUUGCGUCCAAAGCAUCGCGACUCUCUUUCCAACCUUCAAGCGCCGACAUGAGUGCUAGAUCCCACCCAACCCAUGUAGACUCAGCUUCUGAUAUCAUUACCUGACAUCGAGGCAAGGUGUUCGCGGACCAAGGCCAGAAUCGAGCAUGGCGUGCUGAGUGCUCCAAGUCAGUUCGCUGGUGGAGACGGAAGAGAGGAGGAUUGGAACAACUUCGAUUUGGGAGCUCCGGCCUGGCAGGUCGGGUCUCGGAGCAGGGAAUAGCAACAUCUUAGGUAAGGUAAGGUAGG